CCACACAAAAAAAGUCGCAGAAAAUAUAUGAGGAAACAAAAAGCGAAGACGACAAAAAAAAAAAAAACUCUGAUUUUUUUUUGUUAUCUCUCUCUAUCUGAGAGGCACACAUUUUGCUUCGUCUUCUUCAAUUUAUUUUAUUGGUUUCUCCACUUAUCUCCGAUCUCAAUUCUCCCCAUUUUCUUCUUCCUCAAGUUCAAAAUUCUUGAGAAUUUAGCUCUACCAGAAUUCGUCUCCGAUAACUAGUGGAUGAUGAUUCACCCUAAAUCCUUCCUUGUCUCAAGGUAAUUCUGAGAAAUUUCUCAAAUUCAAAAUCAAACGGCAUGGUUUCCGGAGUCGGGGGUAGUGGCGGUGGCCGUGGCGGUGGCCGUGGCGGAGAAGAAGAACCGUCGUCAAGUCACACUCCUAAUAACCGAAGAGGAGGAGAACAAGCUCAAUCGUCGGGAACGAAAUCUCUCAGACCAAGAAGCAACACUGAAUCAAUGAGCAAAGCAAUUCAACAGUACACCGUCGACGCAAGACUCCACGCCGUUUUCGAACAAUCCGGCGAAUCAGGGAAAUCAUUCGACUACUCACAAUCACUCAAAACGACGACGUACGGUUCCUCUGUACCUGAGCAACAGAUCACAGCUUAUCUCUCUCGAAUCCAGCGAGGUGGUUACAUUCAGCCUUUCGGAUGUAUGAUCGCCGUCGAUGAAUCCAGUUUCCGGAUCAUCGGUUACAGUGAAAACGCCAGAGAAAUGUUAGGGAUUAUGCCUCAAUCUGUUCCUACUCUUGAGAAACCUGAGAUUCUAGCUAUGGGAACUGAUGUGAGAUCUUUGUUCACUUCUUCGAGCUCGAUUCUACUCGAGCGUGCUUUCGUUGCUCGAGAGAUUACCUUGUUAAAUCCGGUUUGGAUCCAUUCCAAGAAUACUGGUAAACCGUUUUACGCCAUUCUUCAUAGGAUUGAUGUUGGUGUUGUUAUUGAUUUAGAGCCAGCUAGAACUGAAGAUCCUGCGCUUUCUAUUGCUGGUGCUGUUCAAUCGCAGAAACUCGCGGUUCGUGCGAUUUCUCAGUUACAGGCUCUUCCUGGUGGAGAUAUUAAGCUUUUGUGUGACACUGUCGUGGAAAGUGUGAGGGACUUGACUGGUUAUGAUCGUGUUAUGGUUUAUAAGUUUCAUGAAGAUGAGCAUGGAGAAGUUGUAGCUGAGAGUAAACGAGAUGAUUUAGAGCCUUAUAUUGGACUGCAUUAUCCUGCUACUGAUAUUCCUCAAGCGUCAAGGUUCUUGUUUAAGCAGAACCGUGUCCGAAUGAUAGUAGAUUGCAAUGCCACACCUGUUCUUGUGGUCCAGGACGAUAGGCUAACUCAGUCUAUGUGCUUGGUUGGUUCUACUCUUAGGGCUCCUCAUGGUUGUCACUCUCAGUAUAUGGCUAACAUGGGAUCUAUUGCGUCUUUAGCAAUGGCGGUUAUAAUCAAUGGAAAUGAAGAUGAUGGGAGCAAUGUAGCUAGUGGAAGAAGCUCGAUGAGGCUUUGGGGUUUGGUUGUUUGCCAUCACACUUCUUCUCGCUGCAUACCGUUUCCGCUAAGGUAUGCUUGUGAGUUUUUGAUGCAGGCUUUCGGUUUACAGUUAAACAUGGAAUUGCAGUUAGCUUUGCAAAUGUCAGAGAAACGCGUUUUGAGAACGCAGACACUGUUAUGUGAUAUGCUUCUGCGUGACUCGCCUGCUGGAAUUGUUACACAGAGUCCCAGUAUCAUGGACUUAGUGAAAUGUGACGGUGCAGCAUUUCUUUACCACGGGAAGUAUUACCCGUUGGGUGUUGCUCCUAGUGAAGUUCAGAUAAAAGAUGUUGUGGAGUGGUUGCUUGCGAAUCAUGCGGAUUCAACCGGAUUAAGCACUGAUAGUUUAGGCGAUGCGGGGUAUCCCGGUGCAGCUGCGUUAGGGGAUGCUGUGUGCGGUAUGGCAGUUGCAUAUAUCACAAAAAGAGACUUUCUUUUUUGGUUUCGAUCUCACACUGCGAAAGAAAUCAAAUGGGGAGGCGCUAAGCAUCAUCCGGAGGAUAAAGAUGAUGGGCAACGAAUGCAUCCUCGUUCGUCCUUUCAGGCUUUUCUUGAAGUUGUUAAGAGCCGGAGUCAGCCAUGGGAAACUGCGGAAAUGGAUGCGAUUCACUCGCUCCAGCUUAUUCUGAGAGACUCUUUUAAAGAAUCUGAGGCGGCUAUGAACUCUAAAGUUGUGGAUGGUGUGGUUCAGCCAUGUAGGGAUAUGGCGGGGGAACAGGGGAUUGAUGAGUUAGGUGCAGUUGCAAGAGAGAUGGUUAGGCUCAUUGAGACUGCAACUGUUCCUAUAUUCGCUGUGGAUGCCGGAGGCUGCAUCAAUGGAUGGAACGCUAAGAUUGCAGAGUUGACAGGUCUCUCAGUUGAAGAAGCUAUGGGGAAGUCUCUGGUUUCUGAUUUAAUAUACAAAGAGAAUGAAGCAACUGUCAAUAAGCUUCUUUCUCGUGCUUUGAGAGGGGACGAGGAAAAGAAUGUGGAGGUUAAGCUGAAAACUUUCAGCCCCGAACUACAAGGGAAAGCAGUUUUUGUGGUUGUGAAUGCUUGUUCCAGCAAGGACUACUUGAACAACAUUGUCGGCGUUUGUUUUGUUGGACAAGACGUUACUAGUCAGAAAAUCGUAAUGGAUAAGUUCAUCAACAUACAAGGAGAUUACAAGGCUAUUGUACAUAGCCCAAACCCUCUAAUCCCGCCAAUUUUUGCUGCUGACGAGAACACGUGCUGCCUGGAAUGGAACAUGGCGAUGGAAAAGCUUACGGGUUGGUCUCGCAGUGAAGUGAUUGGGAAAAUGAUUGUCGGGGAAGUGUUUGGGAGCUGUUGCAUGCUAAAGGGUCCUGAUGCUUUAACCAAGUUCAUGAUUGUAUUGCAUAAUGCGAUUGGUGGCCAAGAUACGGAUAAGUUCCCUUUCCCAUUCUUUGACCGCAAUGGGAAGUUUGUUCAGGCUCUAUUGACUGCAAACAAGCGGGUUAGCCUCGAGGGAAAGGUUAUUGGGGCUUUCUGUUUCUUGCAAAUCCCGAGCCCUGAGCUGCAGCAAGCUUUAGCAGUCCAACGGAGGCAGGACACAGAGUGUUUCACGAAGGCAAAAGAGUUGGCUUAUAUUUGUCAGGUGAUAAAGAAUCCUUUGAGCGGUAUGCGUUUCGCAAACUCAUUGUUGGAGGCCACAGACUUGAACGAGGACCAGAAGCAGUUACUUGAAACAAGUGUUUCUUGCGAGAAACAGAUCUCAAGGAUCGUCGGGGACAUGGAUCUUGAAAGCAUUGAAGACGGUUCAUUUGUGCUAAAGAGGGAAGAGUUUUUCCUUGGAAGUGUCAUAAACGCGAUUGUAAGUCAAGCGAUGUUCUUAUUAAGGGACAGAGGUCUUCAGCUGAUCCGUGACAUUCCCGAAGAGAUCAAAUCAAUAGAGGUUUUUGGAGACCAGAUAAGGAUUCAACAGCUCCUGGCUGAGUUUCUGCUGAGUAUAAUCCGGUAUGCACCAUCUCAAGAGUGGGUGGAGAUCCAUUUAAGCCAACUUUCAAAGCAAAUGGCUGAUGGAUUCGCCGCCAUCCGCACAGAAUUCAGGUACAUUUCAUUGUUCCCGCUGUUGUCUCCACAUAUCCAUAACCAAAAUUAUGCAAUCCGGUUUUUUUGGUUCCUUAUUUUGUACAUAAAGAAAAUGAAUUUGGUUUGGUUAAUUACGAAUUUGAUUUAGGCGUUUAAAGAAUUUGAGGUUUUAACCAAUUCACUAUUUGUUUUGGUUAUUGUUUAGUUGGAACCUAGAUUAGUUUGAUUUUUGUAUUCGGUUUAGUCGACUUGGGAACUUUUAGACACAUCCAUAGGCCUAGAAUUAGCAGUCAAGGAAUGUAAUGUUUUCAAAUUGAUGAAAACCAGCUCAAAAGUGUAAAACUUGGGUUUCAUGUGUUGGUGUCUUUGUUAUGUCUUUAUUCGUUGUUUGCAGAAUGGCGUGUCCAGGUGAAGGUCUGCCUCCAGAGCUAGUCCGAGACAUGUUCCAUAGCAGCAGGUGGACAAGCCCUGAAGGUUUAGGUCUAAGCGUAUGUCGAAAGAUUUUAAAGCUAAUGAACGGUGAGGUUCAAUACAUCCGAGAAUCAGAACGGUCCUAUUUCCUCAUCAUUCUGGAACUCCCUGUACCUCGAAAGCGACCAUUGUCAACUGCUAGUGGAAGUGGUGACAUGAUGCUGAUGAUGCCAUAUUAGUCACACUUCAGUUGGUAUGAGAGUUUGUAUCAUUGUAUGAGUGUUUGUGUGUCUAACGACGUCGGAGGAGGAUAGAAAGUUUUUUUUUUGUUUCCGGUGAGAUUAGUAGAGAAGAGGGAGAUUAUUUGCGUUCAGCUCAGCUCGCCGGAAAAAAAACGUAACAGUAGUUGUAGAGAAUUUCAAGACUUUUGUUUGUGCUGUGUAAAUUGACAACUCCGAGAGAAACAAAACAAUGAGAUAAGAAGAGAGCAUAUUAAUCGAUGACCAAUCCUUUUAAUU